AUGAUGUUGGAAGUGACUCCUAAGAAAGACAACCUGCCUAGAAGUUUUUAUGAUGAAAAGAGGUUGGUGUCGAAGUUGGGUUUAGAAGUAAGAAAAACUGGUUAUUGCAUUAGUGGCUGCAUGUUGUUUAUGAUAAUGAGUUUGGUACUAAUGAUAAAGCGUUCGAGGAAUGUAAUUUCUGGAAACAAGCCAAUAAACAAUGGUGUAUUUGUAAAAAAAGUUACAGAUGGUUGUGAAGACAAACUCUAUAGCGUUGUUACACAUAUCUACGAGUUGUGGCACAAAAUAGAUAAGAAAUAUAAUACUGUUAAGAUUCGAAUGGACAAAAGCAUUUGUUACAAUACAGAUGAAUGGGAGUUGAUUAAUAAGUACGCGAAAAGGUUUGUUAAGACUGGUGUAAAACUACGACAAACCUCAUUUGAAACAUGGAUGGGAUUUGCUGCCAAAAGAGAUGAGCCAUGCAAGCUUAUGUUUGCAAUGGAGCUUGCUGAAAUGCUGUCCACAGACAUGCAGAAAGAGGGCCUUCAUGGGCGAACGUUGACUCUUAAACUGAAAACUACUUCUUUUGAGGUUCGGAAUAGAGCUGUGACUUUACAAAAUUACAUCAACUCAAGUGAGGAUAUUCUGAAGCAUGCAUCAAAAUUGCUGAAAGCUGAACUUCCCGUUUCAGUAAGAUUAAUAGGUCUUAGAGUAUCACAGUUUAACGGAGAUAAAAGUGGUAGUGGUGCUACCCCUGAUCGUACACAGAAGACUAUUACCAAUUUCAUUACUUCAGGAGAAGCCAAUAGGAAAAAGGACCCUUUUUCAGAUGUUACAGAUCAUGACUUUAUCAGUGAUAUAGAAACUGAUCCUUCGAUUGAUGUUGGGCACACAAGCCAGCUUGAUAGCAGAGAUCCUUUUGAUGGUAAUCAUUCAUUAGAUGUAAAUCACCAAAGCUGCACUCUCUGGAAAAAUGAUGGUGCAGAGAAGGUACAAACUUCUGGUAAUGAUGCUGCAAGUUCUCACCACAGUGCAUGUACAGAGAUGCUUGGAUCAACUUCAUUCCAGGGGAAGUUUGAGGGGAAAAAUGUGAUAGGUCUAUGUUUUUUCAGUCAGGAUCAAAAGCACCGAAUCAAUAGACAAAGCAAAUCCAAGAAGCAAAAGUUGUCGCAGAGAGAGGGCCGAUAUACGCCCAUUGAUUAUUUUUUUGUUAAGGAGUAAUCAAAGCUUUAAGUUAUUAUUGUAUAAUUUGUAUCUUAUUUUGCCUCACAUCAAUAAUUUCUAAGUCUCUAGGAAUGUCUUUUCUCCACAUAAGAUAAAAUAUGUAUAGUUGUAUUAUGAAUCUUGAUAUGAUUAAUAAAAUAGUCUCAUUCAUUCA